CGCAACUGUAACGAGGUUUGGACAACGCCGGCCAGGUGUUCGACGUUUUGUCCCGCCGUCCAGGCCCAUCCCCUCAUCGUCACGAAUCAAACCAAUCCCCUCCACACUCCAUGGUCAUACCACCUACUCCUUUCACUUUUCACUCCUCUCGAUCACAGUCACCCCUUAUGAUUCACUCUCUCCGAUCUCGCCCACACAUUUUCCGUUCCCUCUCCCACGCCUUCUCGCCCCCCAGCCGCUCCUUCAGACGCUCCUCCCUCUCCGUCAAGCCCCUUUCCACCACCGCCGCCGCCGCCAUGUCCUCCGCCGCCCCCGCCCAGCUCGUCGAGCACAUCGUCCUCUACAAGGUCAAGGUCGGCACCGACCCCUCCCGGGUCGACGCCAUGCUCGCCGGCCUCAACGGCCUGACCUCGCUCGACACGGUCCUCCACCUCGCCGCCGGCCCGGUCCUCCAGAUCAGGUCCUCCCUCUUCGCCUUCACCCACAUGCUCCACAGCCGCUACCGGACCAAGGACGACCUGGCCGCUUACGCCGUCGACCCCAGCCACAUGGGUGUCGUGAAAGAGUCCGUCCUGCCCAUCUGCGACGACAUCAUGGCCGUCGAUUGGGUCGCCGACCGCGUCCCCGAGAGCCUCGUGGUGCCCCCCGGGUCCGCCGUCAAGGUGAGCUUCCUCAAAUUGAAGGAGGGUUCGGGGGACGGGGCGAAGGGCGAGGUGAUGGGGGUGAUUGAGGGGAUUAAGGAUGGGUUUGCGAAGAUCGAGCAGGUGACGUGCGGGGAGAACUUCUCGCCGGCGCGGGCCAAGGGGUUCUCGAUCGCGUCGCUCGCGGUUUUUAAGAGCGUGGAGGAGAUGGAGGCCGCGGUGGCCGAUGAGGAGGCCGUGAAUUCGCGGAAGGAGAAGGUUAGGGAGUACUUGGACGGCGUGAUCGUGGUGGAUUACGUCGUCCCGGAACUGCAGCCGUCGAGCGCGAGCCUUUGAUGGAAUGAUGGAUGAUUGCCUCCCUUUGGAGGUUUAUGUCAAAUGUUUUGUAUCUCUCUUGCUCCGACUGUUGAGAUACCUGAAACUGCUUAACGAUGAUGGAAUAAAUUAUAUGAUGAGUAGUCUUGGUGCUUGAA